UAAGAAGAGAAAAUAUAGAAUAAGCUCUGCCUCGUAACUGUUGGACAGAAAGACCUGGAUCCUUAUAAUCAUGAGAUGGAUUCUAGAAAAGACUGCUUUGGCCCCUUAAAAGCAAAGUUGAAGCCAAAUUUCAUAGAUUAUCAGUAUCCUCCUCAAUUCCUGAUGAACUGGAUCCUGAUGAGGGUUUUUGUUCUUGGAUGGCAUCUGCUUUUCGAAUGCAAAUAAUGGAGGGCAAAUGGUUAUAUUUCUGAACCAAAGUCAGGUGAUGGUUGGACUUCCAGUCUUCCUUUCUGCAUGUAUUUGCAUUUUUUAUAACUUGGCUGCUCUGCAUCCUGUUCUCUUUCAUUAUAAGCACUAAUAUUGGCUGUGUCUGGGGCAAAGUUUGGAGCAUUUGGUUUAGGAAACAUUUUGAUAAUAUUAAAUAGUAGAAAAGAAACUGAUCAUUGACAUUAUUGAUUUGUGAAGUUAGUAAACUCAUUGAUUGAAGCAUUAAGGGAUUACCAGAGGUACAGAAGUAUGUCAUGGUUAACCAACACAUUAUUUCCAAACUCUUUACAAAGGCAUAACUGAGUUCAAUUAACAAUGGUUCAAAAAUAUAAUUUCUUUAAAAAAAAACCCUACAAAGAACAAUGUUCAGGGUUGACCCAGCUAUUAGAACCAAAUAUAAAAGCAAACCAUAAAAUCAUUAAAUGCCACAUAUAUCAAAAGCCAGAUUAAAAUUAACUCUAAUGACUAAAAAAAAAAACUAUGGGAGGGAUGAACUGAAUGCACACAAUCAAGCUAGUCUUGUCCUGCUAAAAUAGGAUGCAAAGGAGCCACUUUUUAGGGCAAGAGUUGGGAACCACGUGACUCUCCAUUUGUUGUUAGACUGCAGCUCCCAGCAUUCCUCAACAUUGGCUAUGCUAGUCAGGUGUGCUAGGGUGACAGCUACGUUAUCCUGAGGGCUAAGACAUUUAAUGCCUUAAAAAUAUCAUACAGCCCUUUGAAAUCAAUUGGUAAUUAGUGCAUUUGUUGCAGGUUGAUCAUUGGGAUAUGUCCUUGAAAGCUUUUAUGAUGCCACCCUAUUGAACAGUCUACCACAAACCCCUUAUCUAAAUAUCUCUUCAAAAAGUUCUGUCAUGUAGAUGUCAGGUGACUAAUCUGUUUGUUUAUUUGUGGCGCAGUGAAGAAGAAAUUCAUGAAAAAUGUGGGAAUGAUGCCAUUACCUAUCUCGCCUUUCAGCGCCAUCUCAUCUGCCUGUUGAUUGUUGUCAGCAUGUUGUCUUUGUGCAUUAUACUUCCUGUAAAUUUAUCGGGCAACUUACUUGGUAAGAACCCUUUGUACCAGAUGAAUUUCUCUAUUGUCUUCAACAUCCUGAGAUCAGGUCUUACUGACUCAUUUUGGAUUUAGGAGAGCUUAUCUAAAUAUAACUAUAACUGUAGUUCCAGUGAUCAAAUUGAAAAAAGUGGUUUAAGCAAAAUAUUAAUAUUUCAGUAUUUGAGUGGCACUUUGCUUUACCUCACUAUGCAAGUGGCAUAUCAGCAUACAUGCAUGUGUAUUGAUAUGCGUGCAUGUGCACUGUAUAUAUUAAAUCACCAUCAUGCACUUUAAUUAGCAUGAUCUGAAGUAUUUACUUCAGAGUAAUGACUUGCUUAAGAGAAAGAAUCUGUUCUCUGUGCUGGCAAUCAAAGUUACAUAAAUUUCAAUAGUCUUCAUGUACAAUAAGGACUGAACUGAGUUUAGCAGUUUGUAUCAUGGGGUGAUAUAAAAAGUCAACAACCUCUAAUCUGAGAGCUUUUUAUUACUUUGAAUUCAUGAAUUCAUAGUAACACAUUGAACAGAUUAGCAUUAAGGUUGGCAAGUUGACAAAAGGGCCACGCAUGUAAUCUGUACUUCAAUGCACAAUAUCAUCUUCAGUUCCAAUGAAUAUAUACUCAAAAUGUAUGUUUCUUUUUCAUGCAAUGCUUGAGCUGAUGGGAGUUAUAGAUAAAGACCCUUAUAGCUUUGGAAGAACUACAAUAGCAAAUUUGAAAACAGGUGACAAUCUUCUCUGGCUGCACACAAUUUUUGCUGUUGUUUACCUGAUCUUGACAGUUGUCUUUAUGAACCAUCAUCUUAGAGCAGUCAAGUACAAAGACGAAAGCGUCGUAAAACGUACAUUGUUCAUAACUGGUAUUCCCCCAAAUGCCAAGACAACAUCAAUCGAAAAUCACUUUGUUUCAGCAUAUCCAACCUGUCUUGUCCAAGAGGUCCAAUUAUGUUAUGAUGUAUCCAAACUCACCUAUCUAUACCAAGAGAGAAAACAGGCAGAGAAAAGCGUGGAUUAUUAUACCCAAAUGUUUGAGAGAUUUGGUAAACGAAUUUCCAUACACACAAAACCAUGUGGCCAGUUCUGCUGUUGUGAAGUCAGAGGUUGUGAACAGGAGGAUGCUAUUGAGUACUACACAAGGGUUAGCAAUAAAUAUCUGGAAGAAUAUUUGAAAGAGAAAGAGACCGUCUAUAAUAAGUCAUUGGGGAUGGCUUUUGUAACAUUCCUGGAGAAAUCCAUGGCAACACAUGUUAUUAAAGAUUUCAAUGCCUGUAAAUGUCAAGGCUACAGAUGUACAGGAGAGCCUCAGCCAUCAGCUCAUAGCAAAGAACUCUGCAUCUCAAGAUGGAAUGUUGCAUAUGCUACCUAUCCAGAGGAUAUUUGUUGGAGUAAUCUCUCAGUCCGAGGCAUAAGGUGGUGGUUUUGGUGUCUGCUCAUCAAUUUGCUCCUUUUUCUUGUGCUCUUUUUCCUGACCACACCUUCUAUCAUUAUCACAACAAUGGACAAGUUCAAUGUAACCCAACCUAUUCAUUAUCUCAAUAAUCCUGUUGUUAGCCAGUUCUUCCCAACAGUCCUUCUGUGGUCCUUUUCAGCUUUACUACCAACUAUAGUUUAUUACUCAACAAUAUUUGAAUCACAUUGGACAAGAUCUGGUGAAAACAGAAUAAUGAUGCAUAAAGUUUACACAUUUCUGAUCUUCAUGGUGUUAAUUCUGCCUUCACUUGGGUUGACAAGUCUUGAUUUCUUCUUUCGUUGGGUGUUUGACCAAGCAUCUGAAUCCAGAAUUAGAUUGGAGUGUGUCUUUCUCCCUGAUCAAGGAGCAUUUUUUGUAAACUAUGUGAUUGCAUCGUCAUUUAUUGGCAAUGGGAUGGAGCUGCUGCGUUUGCCAGGCCUCAUGCUAUAUACCAUUCGUAUGAUUCUAGCCAAAUCUGCUUCAGAGAGAAAAAAUGUCAAGCAGCAACAAGCUUAUCAAUUUGAGUUUGGAGCAAUGUAUGCUGGGACAUUGUGUGUUUUCACAGUCAUCAUGGCUUACAGCAUUACUUGCCCCAUUAUUGUCCCAUUUGGCUUAAUUUAUAUGCUUCUGAAGCAUACAGUUGACCGACACAAUCUGUACUAUGCAUUCCUUCCUGCAAAACUCGAGAGGGAGCUCCAUGUCGCUGCUGUGAAUCAGGCCUUGGCUGCACCAAUCCUCUGCUUGUUCUGGCUAUAUUUUUUCUCAUUUUUGAGGCUAGGUUUUAAAGCACCUACAACUUUAUUUACAUUCCUAGUUUUAGGUAUAGCUAUUGUUGUUUGCUUAGGCUAUACCUGCUUUCACUGCCUCAAAUUCCUGAGCCCUCUGAAUUACACGGUAGAACAGUAUGACUCUAGCGAAGGAGUAAGUCACAAUGUUUCAGUAGGAAAGCCAAAAUCUUCUGUAUAUGUCCCUUAUGUUCUGCAACGUAGUCCUACUGAAAGAACGCUUCUGUCUCGUAACGACCAACGGUACUAUGGGACCCUGUCAGAGACCAGUCGAACAAGGGAACGUGUCCUCCAUGUCUCUUACGCUGAGCAACCUGUAUUCAUUGAAGAGACAUAAAAGUAUGUGUCAUGAUGUCAUGGACUAUCACAAGGUGGCGCCCUGGGCCUUAUUUUGGAGCAGCAGAUUUCACGAAAGUGUUCCUAGGUGCACUAUCUGACCAUUCAGGGAAGUUUCAGUUGUGCCAAUGUUUUGCAAUCUUGCCACCUUGGGCUUGGUUGCUUUUAUAGGUCAUUGUGCACAUUGUGACAUAGGCAUACUGAAAAACAGGGCUCAGAGAAACCACUUUGGUUUACUUUUUUAUGGAAAAAUUAUAUUGUAUGGGCAAGUGCUAGAUCACUGGUAUUCGUUAAAACACUUGAGGGUUAUGCCCAAAGGCACCACUUGUUUCUAUAUUAAAUAGAACAUAGGAAAAGACAAGUAAAUGAAAUCUGGGGACUGUUCUGAAUUGGCAAGAGUAUUCCUCUUCUGAGAAGAGGAUUUUCCUGCAAAUAUAGAGGAAAGGUGUAUCUAGAAAAAAGAGGACUUGGGGUGACAAACAUUGCUUAUUGGAGAUUUUUUUUAAAGUGUGAAGUGAGUUUGUUAAUUUUCUGGUCACUGUUUUAAACGCCUCACACAAGGGAAGCUUAAUUUGCCAAGCAAUAAAGGAUGUGAACAUUUUAUCAUUUUUAAUCUCCCUGGCUUAUUAAAAAAAGAAGUCGGCUUUAAGUGCCAAAAUAUAUCACAAAUGAAAUGUUAGCUAGUUUUUAAAUUAUGUUUCAGGUGUAAAUUUCUACAAGAAGCUAUGUUGGAUCUAACUGUAAUUAAGCAAUCACAUGGAAUAAAACACUGAAUUCAAAUGCA